CAGGAUUCGUGGAUGUCAAUCGUAUUGUUGGCCGUGUUUAAACGUAAUUCGUCGAUUUUGGAAAGCGUUUUUAUCAAAUAAUCAAAGAUGGACAAAUGGGACAUACCGCAAUUCAAGUUCAGAUCGAUUCCAAACAGUACCGUACGCGACGAAUGGCAGAAAUAUAAACGGAAUUUCGGUUUCAUAGCGGCUGCCAAUGGGGAAAAGGACAAAACCCGAUUGAAAAAUAUUUUUUUGGCUAGAGCCGGCCCGGACGUGCAGGAAGUUUUCUCUUCAAUACCAGGAGCUGACGUUGAUGAAGACAAAGAAAAGAAGAUCGAUCCGUAUCAAACGGCGAUCGAGAAACUUGAUGAAUAUUUUUCGCCCAAACGGCACGAAGCUUUCGAAAGGAAUUCCUAUUGGAAUUUGAAGCCAAUGGAGGAUGAGUCUAUGGAGAAGUUUUUGUGGCGUUCGCUUGAGGUGGCUCGAAAAUGCAAUUUCGGAAGUACCCUUGAGGAGAGUCGUAAUAUCGCUGUCGUUGACAAGAUAAUUCUGUUUGCUCCUCCGGAAUUAAAGGAGAAACUGCUGCAAAAGGAGUCCUUGACACUAGACGAUGUAACUCGAGUGGUCAGUUCGUAUGAAGCAGUGAAAUAUCAAUCACAGCAGAUGAAAACAGCGUCAUCGAGUACAGAACGUUCAGCACCUAGCUAUUGGAUGGAUAAUGGCACUAAUGUCUGCAAGAUUCAAGGUUCGUCGAAAAACCCAACCGGUGAAUGUUACCGCUGUGGGCGUAAGAACCACUACGGAAAUGAUCCGAAGUGUCCAGCUAAAGAUCAAAGGUGUAACAAAUGUAACAGAAUCGGCCAUUUCUAUAAACGGUGCAGAACAAUCACACUUCCUCAGAAGCGAAGCGCGAAUAACCCUAUCGAAUGGCGGGGAAAGAAACCGAAAUCCCAAGGUAUCAUGCGAGUUCAGGACAGCGAGGAGGAAAAACCGGUACCGCCAAAUUUCAUCUUUAGUAUCGGAAAUGGGGACGAAUUUAUCUGGGUCAAAGUAGGAGGCGUCAUGAUCCAAAUGUUGAUUGAUUCUGGAAGUGCCAAGAACAUUAUAGAUGACAGGACGUGGGCGUACAUGAAAACUCAUGGAGUGAAAGUUGAGGAAUUUUGGAAAGAAGCCGAUCAAACUUUCCGUGCGUAUGGCCGCGAUUCGGAACCGUUAGCAAUAGGUUUGUGUUACAGAUACUAG